AGUUAAACAAAAAUCAGACACUAAUAGUGGGCUGUUUUAUGGUUGUUUGCUUGCAAAAAAGACACGUAGGCUGGGAUGUUUUUUUGGAUGAAAAGGAAAUUGUGAAUGCCGCUUUGUUCACUCAACCCCCAUUUUCUCUAAUGCGGCUGUGAUGAGGGGAGAAGAAUUGUAAAUAGACGCUGUGAAAAAAAAAGAAGAGUGAUGUUUUUACUCUUUAAUCAUAACUGCAUGCUGUAUGAUGAUUUUUUUUUUUUUUUUUUUUUCAAAUUUACCUUUAAUGUGCUCUUUUCAAUGCAUGAAAUUUUGAUUAGUUCCCACACUGCUGAAGAAAGAGCAGCACUUAAGAGGUCACAAGCUUGUUUUUGUAUACUUAUAAAAGCGUUGGAUUAUGAAUGUGUUUUUUAAUCUUCUUUUAUCUCUUUUCUUGUUAUUUUAAAGGUUUCCUGUGAUAAAGCCUUUCAGCGCGGAACAUGACGCUCCAAAUGCUUAAGUGGCUGCCACUUAAAAACAUGAAUAUUUGUCGUUUCUAUUAAGCUGUUCUGGACUGAAAUGACAAACUAUGGUAGUGUGACAUCCUGCCAGGGGACCCCAGCCAAGGCUAUGUGAUCAGCAGAGCGUCUGCAAUCUGCAAAUGAACUGGAGGAGCCGUUUAUGCAGCAGGAAAAGCUUUUAUCCUCUGCAUGAGGCGGAGCAGGAAAAAGGCAGAGGGUUGAAACUGUAUUAAUUGAGGAGCAGAUGUGUUAUCAAUCUGCAAGACAUUUGUACAGUUUAAUACAUCCAACAGAUUAUGUUUCCUGCUGAGAACAUGAGUGUUUUCUCUGCAGCUGAUGGGUGUCCAAACUGCAGCUCCUCCACCCACCCAGAGGUGGAUGUGGCCAAGGCGGUGGUUUUGGGGUUGGUCCUGGUGGUGUUUGUAGUCUUCGGGGUUCUUGGCAACAUCCUGGUCAUCCUGUCGGUGCUGUUCCACCACCACUGGCGCUCUGUGACACAUUACUUCAUCGCCAACCUGGCCGCAGCAGACCUGCUGCUCAGUGCUGCCGUCCUGCCCUUCUCCGCCACCUCGGAGGCUCUCGGCAGGUGGGUGUUUGGCCGCUCCUUCUGCAGCGUCUGGGCCGCCCUGGAUGUCCUCUGCUGCACCGCAUCUAUUCUCAGCCUGUGUGUGAUCUCUAUCGACCGCUACCUGGCCGUCAGCUACCCCCUGCGCUACCCUGCCAUAGCUACGGGUCGGCGAGGCCUGACUGCGGUGGCUGCUCUCUGGGGACUCUCUGCAGCUAUAUCUGUGGGCCCUCUGUUCGGCUGGAAGGAGCCAGACCCAGAAGAUGAGACAGUGUGCCGAAUCACGGAGGAGCCCGGCUAUGCUUUGUUCUCAGCGCUGGGAUCUUUCUACAUACCUCUGGCCAUCAUCCUGGCCAUGUACUGCCGCGUGUACACUGUGGCAAAGAGAAAGACACAAACCCUCAGGAGGAGCAGUAAAGGAGAAGCAGUUGAGACGGAGGGUGUUAUGCUGAGGAUACACAGAGGGAACCCCGCUCAGAUGGGGAAGCCGGAGGAGGACGAGGGGACUGCGACACAGAAACACACAUCCUUCUCCCUGACAAAGCUGCUGAAGUUCUCAAGAGAAGAGAAGGCAGCCAAGAUGCUUGGCAUUGUUGUCGGGUGUUUCAUUCUGUGCUGGCUCCCAUUUUUCCUGGUUUUACCCAUCGGGUCCAUCUUCCCGUCUUGUAAGCCCUCUGAAACCAUUUUCAAGAUAACCUUCUGGCUGGGUUACCUCAACAGCUGUAUCAACCCCAUCAUCUACCCGUGCUUCAGCCGGGAGUUCAAGAAAGCCUUCCAUAACGUGCUGCGUGGCCACUGCCUGAGAACCGGGGUGCCGGCUGCCAAACCACAAGGACACAUGACUACCCAUUCCUCCAGUGCGGGCCCCACGUCUAAUACCUCUGUUCUCUCAAGCCAGAACCGCGUCACUGUUUCCUCGUGGGGCUGCUGCAGGGCGCUGUCAACCUCCUCGUCAUCUGUCUGCGGCUCGGAUCAGGCUCAAAGCGCUCAAAUCCAGAGCAGGAGUCUGCUGAAGGCGUGGUGUCUCUCAGCGAGUCGAACGCCAGUACCACAGAACCCAAACAGCCACAGAUCAACCAAGGUGUUACGCCUUUCUCUCGGCGUCAAAGGAGAAGCUGUUUGA